AUGUUCUUCCCCAAAGCAGCCCUGGUCUUUUCUUCGCUCGUCCUCCUCGCCACCGCCAAACCGUCCGAGUCUGAUGCCAGCUCCAAAGGCCUCUCCCCCAACCCGGGCCACGGGCGCACCCUCAACCCAUCGUCCGCCAAGCUCAUGUUCAAGCGGGACCUCACCAAGCGCUGCACGGGGACGUGCGAGGAGUGUUUCGGCGACGGGUAUACCCUGUGCCCAGGCUCGGCCAUCUACUGCUACCUCCCCGGCGACUCGUCGUACGGGCUAGAUUCGUGCUCCAGCGACAGCAGUUCGUCCUCCUCGUCCGAUUCCGACACGUCCAGUUCAGACACAACGGGGAUAGACGACCUGUGCUACGAAGUGGGCGCGACGUGCCAGAGCUGUUUUGGCUCCUCGUACCUCGAAUGUCCCGACGGGUACCAUUGCUACGACCCCACCGAUCCGCAGUACGAUACCUGUCCCGAGGAUAGCACCAGCAGCUCGGGCGGCAGUUCCACCAGCGGUGGUAGCGGCGGCAGCAGCACCAGCAGCGGCGGCACCACGGAGACGACAUCUAGCUGUGCCGCGAAAUGGGGCGCGGGAAACAUCCCGUGCGGCUCUGAUGGAUGUUAUAACCCUGAUAUCGGCGAGAGUUGUUGCGCAGGAGGAUACUACUGCGACGCAGGCUACACCUGUUCCAGCACCCUCGGCAAAUGCAGCCCCGACGACGACAGCAGCGGCAGCGGCAGCGGCAGCGACGGAAGUCUCCUCACGACCACCACCUCGUCCCCAACGUCGACCAGCGGCCUGUUGAACGCCGAGGCGACGACCGCAACAUCGACGGGCUCGUUCGGCUCGUCAACCACGGGCGUCAGCCAGAUCAGCAAUAGCGAUACCGACAGUAGCGACGCGAAUGGCCUGGUCGUGGGCCGGGGACUAUUGGUCGUCGCGGCUGCCGGGUUGGGUGUCUUGGUUAUGUGA